AUGGCGGCAGUCUUCUUCCUCUUUCGUCUCUCAAUCUUCUUCCUCUCCUCAACAUUCACCUCCACCGCCUCCUCCUCCUCCUCCUCCUCUCCUCCUUCAUAUCCAGACGGAGCAACUGAGGAGGAGGGACAGGUUCUGGACUGGACUGUCGACUGUGAAGGGGAGCAGAAGUUUUGGGCCCUGGACAGUUGUCCUUGUGGCACUGGGCCUGGGCCGGGCCUGGUCACAGGGCGCUCCUACCGGAUAGAUUGCGGUAGCCUCUCAGUUUCCAUCGACUCAUUCAACACCACCCGGCUCUCCGAAGGCUUAUUCACCGGCGGCGCUAUCUCCCCCGUCUCCGAACCCCUCCGAUUCCGCCAAACCCACGAGAAGACCCUCUGCUACUUUCCCCUCUCCUCCAGCGAAAAAACUGCUACGCCAUCCCCAAUUUGUCCCCCGGCCGAUACUUCAUCCGCACAUUCACCGUGUACGACAACUACGAUGGCGAAUCCCACUCCCCCUCCUUCGACGUCUCCGUCGUGGGCACUGUCAUCUUUUCCUGAAGCUCCCCUUUGCCCGAUGACCUCGCCCGAACCGGCGCAUACUCGGAUUUAUUCGCUUUCGUCGCCGACUCCAACGCCGAUGUCUGCUUCCACAGCAUUGCCAAUGACGCUCCCGUAA